AUGGCGGGCACCACACCACCAGCCCAGGCACAACAGUCCUCAUGCAGCAAGCCAAAGCAGCACCAGCAGGAAAUGAAACCGAGGAAAAGCAUCAACCUCCUGCGCGGCUGGCCUUCCACCAGCCUCCUCCCGGCCGAGGGCCUGCGCGCCGCCUCGCAGACCGCGCUCUCGGACCCGGCCGUUUUCGAUUUGGGGUUGCAGUACGGGCCGGAUCACGGGUAUCAGCCGCUGAGGGAGGAGCUGGGGCGGUGGCUGGGGCGGUUUUAUCAUCCUCAUAUUAGAGACGAUGGAGAGGGUGGUAAUGGUGGUGUGGACGCGGAUCGUAUUGCCAUCACGGGCGGUGCUAGCCAGAGCAUCGCGUGCAUCCUGCAGUCGUUCACGGACCCGAGUUACACGCGCGCCGUGUGGAUGGUGGCGCCGUGCUAUUUUCUGGCGUGUCCUAUCUUUGCGGAUGCGGGGUUUGAGAGAAGGUUGAGGGCUGUGCCGGAGGAUGAGGAGGGGAUUGAUCUGGGGUUUCUUGAGGAUGGGUUGAGGAAGAUGGCUGCUGCCGAGAGUGACGAAGGGGAUGGAGAGAGCGCGGGCGGGCAGGGGAAGGGGGAAGGGGAGGGGGAGGACCAGGAGAAAGGGCAAAGGCGACGCUACAAAGAUCCCGGCCCGCACCGCAAGAUCUACCGCCAUGUCAUCUACUGCGUGCCCUCGUUCUCGAACCCGAGCGGCAAGACCAUGUCGCUGCGGCGGCGGCAGGGGCUUGUUCGGCUAGCGCGCGAGCACGACGCGCUGGUUAUCUGCGAUGAUGUGUACGAUAUGCUGCAGUGGCCCGUGUCGGCAGCGUGUCCGUCCUCCCCAUCUCCAUCAACCCCAUCCCCAUCCUCAUCCCCAUCCUCAUCAACAACAGCCACCCCGGACGUCAACUCCCUCACCACAGCCCUCCUCCCCCGCCUCGCCGACCUCGACAUCCCCCUCGGCCGCUCCCCCCACGACCCAUCCGGCCAGCACUUCGGCCACACCGUCUCCAACGGCAGCUUCAGCAAGCUAGUAGCACCGGGCGUGCGCACGGGGUGGACAUAUUCUACCCCGGCGUUCGCAACGGGCAUAUCCCAAACGGGCUCGACGCGCUCCGGCGGCGCGCCCUCGCAGCUGACCGCGACGAUCCUGUGCGAGAUUUUAUGUGGGGGCGCCGUCGAGCGCCAUGUGGUCGAGGUGCUGCGGCCCGCGUACCAGAGGCGGCAUAAGGUUUUGAUGGAUGCUAGUGAAAGGGUGUUGACGCCGCUGGGCGUGAGGGUAAGAGAGGGGAGUCUGUGUGGGCGGGGGGAUGUGUUUGGGGGGUUUUUCGUGUGGAUGAGUUUCCCGUCUGAAGACUCCUCCACCUCCUCCUCCGAAACCAUGGAUAUGGACAGGAAGACAGAAAACGGAAAGGAGAGAACGCACUGGCCGUCGGCAAAGGCGGUCGCGGACAGGUGUAGCAGCGACGAGGACCUGAUGAUCGGCUGGGGCGGGCUGUUCGAGGUGCACGGCGACGAGGCGGCGGUCCGGUUCGAGCGCGAUGUUCGGCUCUGCUUUGCGUAUGAGGACGAGGCGCACUUGGUCGAGGGCGUGGAGAGGCUCGGGAGGGUCAUUGGGAGGAUGUUGGAGGAGGGGCCGGGGGGUUGGGAGGGUACGGAAAAGGGAAAGGGGCAGGGUGAUGUCGCGCAGAUCAAAUGA